AUGUCCGUGGACGCCGUGGCACGGCCUGCCCGGUGGGGGCUCCGCCUCCCGGGCAGAACUGCCACGCUUCGCAGACGGCCUGUGGGCGGCCUGGGCCUGAGCGUAAAGGGAGGUGCCGAGCACGGCGUGCCCGUCGUCAUAUCCCGGAUCCUCGAAGGCCACGCAGCUGACCAGACAGGGAUGUUGUUCGUAGGAGACGCUGUUCUACAGGUUAAUGGCAUUAAUGUAGAAAGUGCAACCCACGAAGAAGUGGUGCAUCUUCUGCGGAACGCCGGGGACGAUGUCACCCUGGCCGUCAAGUACCUGAGCGAAGCACCUGCGUUUCUGAAGCUGCCGCUGGGGUCGCCCGGGCCGAGCAGCGACCACAGCAGCGGGGGCUCCUCGCCGCUCUUCGACAGCGGCCUGCACCUGAACGGAAACUCCAGCCACACGACGCCGUCCUCGCCAUCCUCGCCCGCCGCUGACAAGCCAAAGUACGAGAAGCGCUGGCGAGACUGCUGGUCGGUCCCCCUGUCGCUGGCCCGGGUCUGCAGGUACAGCGCCAGAGCGGGAGGAUCCAGGUCCACCGCCCUCGAGGUGCGGGCCCCCGACGGCGCCAGCUCCGGAGUCCUCCAGUUCUACACGGCCCAGGACGGCGCCGACUGGCUGAGAGCCGUCUCCACGAACAUCCGCGAACUUACCCUGCGGCACGUGAAGACGGAAAACAGGUGCUGUUCUCCUGGCGACCAGGUCGUGCACAUGGGCUGGGCCAGCGAGAGACUCCAUGGGGCCGACCCCUCCCCGACCCUCAGACCCAGGUUCCUGGCCCUGAAGGGCUCGUCCUUCUACAUCUUCAGCGCCCCUCCGGUGAGCACAUGGGACUGGGCGCGAGCGGACCAGAUCUAUUACCUCUGUGAGGUGUUAUGUAAAGUCCACAAGCUCCGGCUCGCAGACGACUGCUGGCUACAAGCAAACUUGUAUCUGGGGCUUCGGGACUUUGACUGUGAGGACCAGGGGCCGUACUGCUUCAGCGUGGCGGCCGGCCACGGGAAGAGCCACUUUUUCCACGUGGAGCUGGGCAGUGAGCUGGCGGUGUGGGAGAAGUCGUUCCAGACAGCCACGUUCACGGAAGUGCGGAGAACCGGGUCCAGAACCUACACGUGCCGCUGGCAGGGAGAGGCGCUGCGCUUCACGGUGGAUCUUGCCGUGGGCUUCACGUGCUCCGACAGCAAGACGCAGAACGUGCUCUGGAGAUUUAAGUUCUCUCAACUUAAGGGGUCCUCGGAUGACGGGAAAACUCGAAUGAAGCUGCUAUUUCAGAACCUGGACACCAGACAAAUUGAAACGAAGGAGCUAGAGUUUCAGGACCUGGCAGCGGUGCUGCACUGCAUACACGCCUUCAUCGCGGCCAAGGUGGCCUCGGUGGACCCCGGGUUCGUGGACAGCCAGAGCAUCGCGAGAAAAUACACGCACAGCAGCUGAAGACUGCGUCUGCCGGGUGCCGGAAGAGUAAAUUAUUUUCUUACGAAACGAUUCUUUCCUGCACAGCAUUGCAACUUUGUGUGAUUUUAUAAUGAGCCUCUAUAGUUGGGAUACCAAUAAAAUACGUCACUAGUUUCCAAAGAUGGGUCACCUUGUUAAAUCUACGUCUCACAGAGCUGUGGCUAGGAGGGGUCACGGGAGAUCGAGCACCCCGUGGGCACCUCCAGACGACACAUGCAGUGUCCACGCUGCGCCCCCACUUGCCACGCUGUGAAACCCGGACUUGAUUUUCACAAAACAGGCAGCAGAAGAUGCCAAGAGCUCAGCUUGUUUCUGCUCAAGGAGGGAAGGGCUUCCCCUGGGUUUGGGGGUCACCUGCCCGUCUUCUCUGAUGGGCAGCGGAGUGUCGACCAUCUGGGAAAGCGGGGGGACCGUCGGAAUACGCAGGACAAGGAAACCAACUCUACUUAAUUUUAAUAUUAAGUAUUUAUACAUUAAUUUUUAUAUAAUUAUGUAAUUUAUAAUAUUGAAUGGUACACAUCAUUUAAAUGUGAAUUUUAAUUAUUUUCCAAAGUCACCAAAUACAGCUUGUAAUUUAGUUCCCUUGUUUCUCAUAUUGUCUCUGACUUCCAAGAAGGGACACUUUAUAUUUUUGUUAUUUAUUAUAAAAGCAAUUUACUGGAGUUCCUUGGGUUUUCUUUUAGGAAUACAGACUAGUUGGGAAAAGUCAAGAUCAUUAUGCACUUAUCUACCAAGGCUUCCAAUAAAGGAUGACAUAAAGCUAUCCACCUGUAAAGUAUAGGAAUAUGACAAAAUAAACAGGGAACAGAAUGUGCAAACACUACAGGUUUGAUGUUCCACGAGGUGACUAAGAUUUUAACAAUCAUUCCCAGCUCCACCCCACCCCUUGUUUAUCUGAUAUUUAGGAGGAAGGAAAUAUUUUAAUAUAUCAAAUAUUUAUAAUCACUGGUUUUAUGUGUUUGGAAAUAUAUCCUCCUUUUUAGAGGAUAUACAUCUAUGUAUGUGUAUGUAAUAUAUAUUGUAAAUAAAAUUCUCAUUAACAUUUUAACGGCUUCCAUGGAAGACUCUGGCAAGAAGCAGAAUAUUUCAAGUGAAUUUUAAGAUAAUGGUCUUCCACGUGAACGGUGAUCACAGAGCCCCAGAAAACACUGUUCUGUGCAGGUGUUCGUGCUCAGACU